UCGCCGCAGGGCCGCCGCUGAGCUGAGCUGAGCCGAGCCGAGCCGAGCCGGCGCGAUGGCGUGUGGCUACCCGCCGCCCUUCGGGGACCCGGCGGAGGUGCGGGAAGGCUUCCUGUGCCCGCUGUGCCUGAAGGACCUCCGCGCGUUCCACCAGCUGCAGGCACACUACGAGGAGGAGCACUCGGGCGAGGACAGGGACGUCAGGGCGCAACUCCGAAAUCUAGUACAGAAGGCCAAGAGAGCGAAGAAGAAACUACUGAAACAAGAAGGAGAUGACAGAACUGAUUCUGGAUCUCAGGAACGAUAUGAAUCAUUCAGCUAUGGUGGAGUAGAUCCAUACAUGUGGGAGCCCCAAGAAGUAGGUGCUAUGAGAAGCCAUCUUUCUGAUUUUAAGAAACACCGAGCAGCCAGGAUUGAUCACUAUGUAGUUGAAGUCAAUAAGUUAAUAAUCAGGUUAGAAAAGCUUACAUCGUUUGACAGAGCAAAUACCGAGUCCACUAAAAUAAGAGCUAUAGAAAAGUCUGUUGUGCCUUGGGUCAAUGAUCAGGAUGUUCCAUUCUGCCCAGACUGUGGCAGUAAGUUCAGUAUUCGAAAUCGACGUCACCAUUGCCGCCUUUGUGGGUCUAUUAUGUGCAAGAAGUGCAUGGAACUUGUCAGUCUUCCUUUGGCAAGCAAACUCACCAGUGCCAGCAAAGAGGCCUUGAGUUCUCAUACUAGCCCAAGCUCUUCACCUAAUAGCGUCCAUGGCUCCCGCCGUGGCAGCAUAAGCAGCAUAAGCAGUGUAAGCUCAGUUCUGGAUGAGAAGGAUGAUGACCGAAUCCGUUGUUGUCAGCACUGCAAAGACACCCUGCUGAAAAGAGAACAACAGAUAGAUGAGAGAGAAUACACUCCAGAGAUUGUGAAACUCUAUGAGAAACUCCGACUCUGUAUGGAGAAGGUUGACCAGAAGGCACCAGAAUAUAUAAAGAUGGCAGAAUCGCUAAAUGCCGGGGAGACAACUUACAAUCUUGAACAUGCAAAUGACUUGAGAGUGGAGAUUCAAAGAGUAUAUGAAUUUAUAGAUGCCUUAAGUAAGAAGAUUUUGAAUCUAGGCUUGCAUGAAGAGCCCCAACCUCAUCCUAAAACACUACAGCUUCAGAGAAUGAUAAGAUACUCAGCUACACUUUUUGUUCAGGAAAAACUGCUUGGCCUAAUGUCCCUGCCAACCAAAGAUCAGUAUGAAGAACUGAAGAAAAGAAGACUGCAUAUGGUGGCUCUUGAAACACACAGAAGACAGGAGGAAAAGCAGAAGGACUCAACUUCCAGAUCUGUAGCUGCAGUUAAUGGUGAUGCAAGUCACCUAAAAAAAGGAACAGUCAGGAAAUCUGAAGGCUGGUUACCUACAUCUAGUGUAUCUCGACAAUGUGAGAUAGCAGACCCACUUCUUCAGCAGAUUGACAACAUCACAUCCUUUAUUAAGCAAGCAAAAGCAGCUAAUCGGCUAGAUGAGGUCCGUAUGUUGCAAGAGAACCUGAGGCAGCUUCAGGAUGAAUAUGAUCAGCAACAAACUCUGAAAGCUAUUGAGCUUUCUAGAAAACAGGCAGAAGAGGAAGAGAUGCAGAGGGAGGAACUUCAGGUCCUUUGUGAAAAAGAAUGGGAGAGAGAACACAAAUUCAUGUCUCAACAUUUAAGGACACACUCAUUAGACUUCAGAGAAGUCAAGCAGCAUCAGCAUGAAGUUGCAAAAGAGAAUCAGAACUUGAUAGCGCAUGGAUUGGAUUUGGAUAUUACUCAGGUGAAAGGGAACCCAAGUUUUGAAACUACUGCUGCUCAACAGCUGCCAGCUAAAGAGUGCUUAAUCUUUCCAGUCAAAACCCAGAAUGUCCCACAGUAUGAGAAAGACCAAAAUAGGGCAGCCUGUCUAAACCCCUUUGAAGAGGAAGCAGAUACCCCUCUAUCAGAGGAAGAUCCUGCUAACCCUUUUGCCAAAGACACUUCUCCACUGAUUUCUUUCUCUAACACUGUUCUACAAAGUGAUAAAAAAGACUAUAAUCCAUUUGAGAAUGAGGAGGAUGAACAAACUAAUGGAGCAUCUGUCAGUACUUCAAACCCCUUUGAAGAGGACGAAAAUCCACAUCAAAAGUCUGGGGGCAAUUGGAAUUCUGGGAAUCCAUUUGAAGAGGGAUCUGCUACCAAUCCCUUUGAAGUGGAGGAUGGCAAUGAGAUCUCAGAAGAGGAGGCUAUAGAGGAGGAACUGCUUCUCCAACAGAUAGAUAAUAUCAAAGCCUAUAUAUUUGAUGCCAAACAUAGUGGGCGAAUGGAUGAGGUGGAGGUACUGACAGAGAACUUGAAGGAAUUGAAGUACACCUUAGCAAAACAAAAGGAGAAAUCCAACUGCUGAAGGAGUAGUAGAGGAGUAGUAGGCCUGUGUAAUAAUUAUUUCAUGUCUGCUGUUAAAGAUGGGAAAGUAGAACAGAUAAACAGGAGUACAGGUUACAAGAGGGAAUUGGGAGAAUCUUGUGGGAUUUUUUUAAUGCACUUUCAUUUAUGUAUUUCCACUACUAUUCAGCCUUGAAGAAAGAAAAUUGAGGAACGCUGCUAAUCUUGAACACUUAUACUAAGAAAUUUAACAAUAACUUGUUACGACCCUCUUAGUGGUAAUUGGUCUUUUUGUGUAUUUAUUUUGGUCAAAAGAGUUAAGUGGUAACAGGGAUCUACAACUUGGAAAUGGUUUCAGGGUUGGUUCAUCAUCUUUCCUCCUUUCUCUUGUGUUAUUGUACUAGUUGUAUUAUUGUUUUUUCAAGCGGCACUCUGACUAAAGAGAUGAAAAUGUUUCUAAAACAUAUGCAUCUUUUGAUAAUGGCACAGUACAAGUGUUACAGGCUAGUUGCCCUAAUGGAGUUACAGGAAAGUGCUGUUAAAAGGCUGCUGUGACUCUUUGAGAUACAGAAUACACAGGCUGCAGAUCAAUUUUGUGCAAUGCUAAUACAUAAAAGGGAUUUUAAGACUAUGAGAGAAAACUUUGUAACUGAUCUUAACAUGAGUAACUUUUUAGAAGUGUUUAUAAAAAUUCAUGAGUAAAAUUCGGCUGCUGCCCUGUCGUCAUUUCUAAUUUCCCAGUUACUCUAGGCACAAAUUGCAGUGUAAAAGAGAAAGCUGAACUGGCUUCAGAGAUCUCUGUGGGAAUGAAUACCUAAAUACUCAUUCACAGGGAGAAGAAUGUCAGGCUAGCACAAACUACAGUUUUAAAGGUGACCCUGCAGUCCCUAACUAUAUUGUGGAACUUGUAUAUUCCUUUGUCUUCUGGGUAAUGGAAUGAUCACGUUUGUUCUAUCUGUGAGACUGGAACCCUCUUCAUAGCAUUCAGAGAACAGAAGUUCUGUUUAUAAUGGAGAGCUGAAGUGCCACUAAACUGGAAUUCAGUGAAAGCUGGGCUGUGAUGGUGCCAAAUAGCGGGUCCUAUCUUAUACUUGAUUCCCAUCAAAAGAAAUUAAGAGAAUCAAGCACAUCUGUGUAAAUAGGAAGCUCCAGAAUGGAGUCUUGCUGUGAACCUGUGACCUGGGGGAUGGCUAGGUGAUGCCCAGCACCUGUGGUGCAAGGAGGCUUAAUGCUGGGCUUCUGAAGAUUGAUAUGUAGAUACUGGUAUCAAAACGUAGAAUCAUUCAAUGUUAAGUCUGCAUGUAUCUUUGCAAAAGAUUGUGCCUGAGCUGCUUUGAUUUUUGCCUUUGAGAGGCAGAGGUCCAUCGUCAGGCAUCAGUGUUUGAAAAGGUGGUUGGGAGGAGUUAGUCAAAAAGGUGUAUUUAAUUAAAGCUGAAAUAGAGGAAAUGGGGCAGAUCACACUGUACAGCACUAAAAAUGGUGGGCUUACAUAUAAGUGCAGUUGUAUUGAACAGGACACUUCUUUUAACUGUCUCCAAUAACAUGAAUAGUAUAUAAUGUGAACAUUACAUAAUAUUUCUGAGACCCAGAUAUAAUCAUGCUACCUAACCAGCAAGAACCCUAAUUUUACUUUCUUGUAAACAUGUGGAGGUAUGGACUUGCAGAACUUGUUUCAAACAAACAAAACAUAUCCUCAGUAACACUAGUAAAAAUGAUCAAAAUAACUUAGAGCAGCCAAUUGAAGAACAUAGUUGUCCUUUUACUGUAGCAUAAGUCUGAGUUAGAAAGGUGUGCAGAAUGGGUUGUCCUAAGACCCUGAGGGUUUAUACUGAGGUGUUUUAUUAUUGUUGACUGAGUCCCUAAGUGUUACUUUGCACCAAAUGAAAUAAAGAAGAAAGGAUUCUGAAAGGUUGUAAAGUAGCACAACAUAAGUGCACAGUGGCACCAGAUUUAGGAAGGCAGCAAGAUAAAGAGACACAUUAAGUUACUUAAACUUUAUCCCCUUUAUACACAUAAUUGUUUUAAAAGUAGUAGUAUAAGGUAACUAUUUAAGACAGACUAGUUUGUGUCGAGGACUGCUCCCUGCACUAUAACCCAAAACUUCUUUUGAUAUUGAUUCUAAAAGAUGUUUCAGUGGUCUUUCAGCUUUUGCUUUUAGAAGUAUUUUUUUUCCUUGUUGUAACCAUCCUGCAUUCUUUAUAUUUUCAGUCUAAUACACUAAUAAAGUAUUCUUAUUAUAUAUGUAACAAAUUUUUACAAGCAGGUAACAGAGGCAUACCUCAUGAUCAGUGUCAGUGUUAAAUGUAACUAGCGAUCUGAUACUAAAGUCAUCUCUAAUGUGAAGACAUUCACUGGUAUUUGGAUUUUGGUAUUUGCUGGUAUUUGGAUUGCUGUAAGGCUCACAAGGCACAACAAAAUGAAGAUAUCAUAACCAUAAAUCUAAGUAAAUAAUUUGCAUUGACAUUUGUUAAAAUUGCAUGCACUACUCUGUAUGAAACUUUGUAAACAGAGAUGAAAUAAACAUUUAUUUUGUGCU